UUCUCUCGCCUUCCCCCCUCUUACAGAGGCAAAUAUAUAAGAGAGAACUGUUCAAUGCUCUGCUCAGACCAUGCAAUGGCCAUUACAGGUUCUGAGACUCACUCCACCACCACCGAAGUCCCUCCUGUAAUGGACGUCUUGUCCGUAAAAUGUGACUCGUGCGGAUUUACAGAGGAGUGCACCCCUGCAUACAUUCUUCGUGUCCGGGAAAGGUACCAAGGCCGGUGGAUAUGCGGGCUCUGUGUCGAGGCUGUGAAAGACGAGGUUCUAAGAUCGAACAUGCUUAUCUCCACCGAAGAAGCACUCGACCGACACAUCACUUUCUGCAUUCGAUUCAGAUCAUCGUGCUCUCUGAAACAAGCAGAGCACCCUAUCUCCGCCAUGGGCAGGCGUCUCAGGCGAAGCUUGGACUCCCCGAGACUGCUUCGGGUCAAUUCAACCGCAGAUUUGAAUGCGGCCGAUGGGGUUCGGGUCUGUUCCGGUCAGAAAGUUGUGUCUCUUCUCUGUACCGUUAAUGGGUUAUGUUAAAGCCUUCUCUGUACCGUUAAUGGGUUAUUGAAAUUUUAGAGGUCAAAGCGUAGAUAAAGUAGGGAACUCUGUUUCUCUCUGUCCAAAGGAUCUAAUAGCCAUGUUGAAGUGAUAAGAUACUUAGGAAAGGAAAUGGGUGUUGAUUUCUCUCAAGAUGUCUUAGUUUGCUGGACCUAUCAUUUUGUAUAUAAUAUAUCUCGAACACUUCGAAAUCUCCCUUUUUUUUUGUUGUCUUUUUACUCUUGCCUUUUUCUUCUUCUCUCAUAAAAUGUUGUAAAGGAUAGGGAUCCU